CUUUUAUUUCUUUAGCCUAUUGAUGCAUUAAUACGGUAUUCAUUUUAUUCUUCACAUACACCAAUACCACUGUCACUAUUAUUACUAUAACAAAGCAUUUAAGGGAUGUCGCAAUACCCCCCAUUGACAGAGAAGGAGUUUGAGCUCGUCGAGGCGUACAACACAAUCCUCAAUGGCCCAUUCGAAGACAAAUAUGAGGAUAAAUGGGAAGACGAACCAUUUGACAUUGCCCUAAAAGAAUUCCAAGCCAGAGUACAGGAGAUCGGAUUUUCGAACCCAUUUGAGUUUCUGGCGCGAUACAACAUCGAUUCAUACGAAACCAUGCGAGCUCAGUUCAAGAAGGGUCCGGCCUUAUGUUUCCGGCCAGGAUGGAAGAGCCCUUUAAUUGGAGAGUCUAUCAAUAUAGAAGCUGUGCUUUCCAAAUGUCAUUAUGUCUCCGGACCUUUGCUCGACACUCGUUGCAGGGUAGUAGUCAUCGACUUUUGGGCAAAGUGGUGUGAUCCAUGUGUACAGGCUGGACCGGGACUAUCAGAUCUUGCGGAUGAAUUCAAGGAUCGUAUUGCAAUAAUUGGUAUCCAUAACGAUAACAUUUUCAGUUCUACAAAUGAAUACAACAUUGAGGAACUAAACGACUUUUUGGAAGAGAAUCAAGACGGAUUCCGGUACACGAUUUACAUUGAUAAUGAGGAAGGAUUCGCACGAGACAAUGUCUAUAACCCAGGCGGCUAUCGGGGGAUUCCUUGUAUACUAUUGGUUGUCGAUGGUGUCGUCAAAUACGUAGGCUCUCCACAGGAAUCCUUUCGGCCAACUUUAAUGCAAGAACUGGAAACCAUCGAGGCGGGACGUGCACGGGAAGAAUAAUAAGCACUCGUCUAAUUUAUCUUCAUCCACUUUUUUUUAUCAUUUAC